AUGUCGGACGUUGAGAGCACUGGUGCCCCCGAGGAGGUUCAAGUUGAGGUGGAGGAGGAAAACGUCACGGAUAUAAAAACCGCCAUCAAGAGGGUUUUGAAGAAUGCCCUGAUUCACGAUGGGCUGGCUCGUGGUCUGCAUGAGGUUGCAAAGGCUCUAGAUUCCAAGCGCGCGCAGGCAUGCUUUCUGGCCGAGAGUUGCUCCGAGCCUGCCUACAAAAAACUGGUGGGGGGGCUUUGCAAGGAGCAUGGUAUCCCUCUGAUUGAGGUGGCAGAAAGCAAGGAUCUCGGCGAGUGGGCAGGACUCUGCCGCAUUGAUCACGAGGGUGCCCCUCGCAAGGUUGUUGGCGCUUCGUGCGUCGCCGUCACCGACUUUGGCGAGCAAAGCGAAGCCCUCACCUUCCUCCAGAACCACAUAAAGUCACUUUCGCACAAAACAUGCCCGUAA